UAUCGUAACAAUAAUAACACCAACAAGAAAGAGAGAGGAAAGAGAAUCUCUCUUUCUUCCUACCCACAAUUAUUUCUCCCAAAUUUCUCUCUGUCUCUCUUAACAAAUUCAAACCAAACACAGCCAAAAUAAAACCAAAAACUUGUUGAAAAUUCUAUAGAAAAAAAAUUUCUUUCUUUUUUUUUAAAAAGAAUUUUAUGAAAAUGGAAGCUAUGUACUCAAAAACUUGUUUUAUGGUAGAUGAUGAUAUUCUUAAUUUCUCUUUAGAUGAUGAUGAAAAAUAUCAAACUUCUUCUUCUUCUUUUGAAUCAUCAAGCACCCUUGGAUUUCAUCAAGAUGAUCAUAGCCCUUCAUUUCCUGAUUAUGUAGAGGAAGAAUUGGAAUGGCUUUCAAAUAAAGAUGCAUUUCCAGCAGUAGAAUUUGACAUAUUCUCUGAUCAUGUCCCUAAUGUCAUAUUUGAUCACCACAGCCCAAAUUCAGUACUGGAAAACAGCAGCAGCAACAACAACAACAACAACAAUUGCAACGUAAAUGUUAAGAAAAACGCGUUUACAAGCCACACCUCUAGCCUCCUACAAGUCCCCAUUAACCACCCCGUUGGUGCACGGAGCAAGAGAAGGCGAAGAAUCGCCUUGCAAUGUGACAACUCAUGUGUAUGGGGUAACCAAGUGAAAUUCAACAACACUAGUACUAAGCAAGGACUAACAUUGCUCAAAAUAUCAAUGACUAAAGCUAAAAGAGGUACUAGCAUUGGUAGGAGGUGUCAGCAUUGUGGGGUCGAUAAGACCCCACAAUGGCGUGCAGGUCCUACAGGACCUAAAACGUUGUGCAACGCUUGUGGGGUCCGGUAUAAGUCUGGAAGGUUGUUCCCUGAGUAUCGCCCCGCGAAUAGCCCUACUUUUUCAGUUGAUUUACAUUCAAGUUCUCAUAGGAAAGUUUUGGAGAUGAGAAAGCAGAGGAUUUAAAAUCAAGUAUAUAGGGCAGGGUUAAUUAGUAGUGAGUCUAUAGUUUUUAAAUUUUUAGCACAAUUAGUAUGGAGUCUAGGUUUAUUUUAGGUUUACUAAAACCAUAUUAUUUGUAUUGAUUUCCAUUAAAAUCUACUAGGGUAUUUACAAGUUAACUUGGUUUGUUCAUGGUAUAUUUCAUUUAUUCUUUUCAACCAAUAAGAUGUAUUGUUAGUUACGGGCGGAGAUAGAUCGAGGGGCGAAUACUACACUAUGUACUAAAUGAAAGAACCCUUUUGAUGAAAAUUCUGUCUCCGCCACUAACUACUUGUUGCUUUAAGAGGUGGAGGGUUAUCUUUACUUUUU